CAAGUAGGUUUUGCUACCAUUUGUAGGCAUGUGACAAAAGUUAAAUAAAUAAAAUAAAUAUUUUACAUCUGCAAGUGAGCUUCCACCUGGUGGAAAGGACUCCUCCUCUUACAUCACACUCCCAUUUCCUUAAGCUUUGUUAGCAUGUCCAGUGCUGUUCUCACUUCCAUUACCUUUCCCUCACGCUCAUUCCACAUCUGCUGUGUCUUCACCAGGAAUUACUGCUUUCCUCUUUAUUUUUCACCUUUGCUCCCUCUGUAUCGUACAGAUGGCAAGCUACUAUGUUUUUUUUCACUCAGUGCUGGUGAAAGGGGUGAUAUGAGAUGUGGUAUGGAGCAGCGAUGGAAUGAAUUGGUGGGGGAAACAGGAGUACCCGGAGGAAACCCACAGGCCACUGCAACGUCCGCCACGUUUCCCAAUUACGAAAAUUUGGGUUCGACCACACUGGAAUGGAACCCCGGUCACCUUGGUGGGAGAAGAUGGAGUUUGAGUGGAUCCUGCAUCAAGAAGUACACUCUGUUCUGACGCAACUACAUACUAUACUGCUCGAGUGCGUGCAGCGCUUCCCUGUGACACGCUUGAGCAACGACAACAACCCUAACAAGAUGGAAAAAUUCGUGCUCUCAUCGCCGCCGGAUGUGAAGUGUGUGGUGACGCUCGCUGGCGACAGCAUCACCUCAGCGGAGAUCAACGUGAAGGUGCAGCGGCAGCAGAUGGUCUUGUACCGGACCACUAUCCUGAGCGAGAACCCAUGGAAGCUUCAGCAGAUUCAGGAUGCUGUGAACCAUCUGCAGCAGGCCAUUCGCUUUGUGGAGAGCAUCGACAAGGACUACACGUUCAAGACAUUUCUGUGCAGGUCAUCUGAUGAAGUCCUCCACUUACUGGGGAACAUUCUAAGUUGUCUGCAGCGAGGUCGUACCAGUCUUAUUGUUCCUAGGAAGAAAACUAUUGAUGAUCUUUUGAAAAGCAGGAAUAUGAAGACGCUGACGCCGCCGCUGCCCGAGGACCUGGCGAUCAGCUUCUACGUUCAGAGCCACAAGCUGGUCUUUGCCUUGUACCAGCUGUCGGUGGACCACGGCGUCAUGAAGUUCGACCCCCACCAGGCGGAGUGCUCCGUGCCGUGGCUCAACGAGGUGCUCGUGCUCUUCACGGUCGCGCUGCAGCAGUGCCAGCAGCUCAAGGACAAGAUUUGCAUAUUCUCGCAGUACAAGGAUCUGACCAUCAGCUCUCGGCCAGCUUCUCCGGUUAAGUGUUGAUGCCCAGCUCGAUAGUCGUGCAGUAGCGGGUUCUCGACGAUGGAUGGACAAGAAAGAGCGGCAGUGUCUGGUGAUACAGCCUCCCGUACCACAUCAUCUGCACUGUUUGAGGCAUCCGUCCGUCUGUCUGUUACUACCAACUUGUAUUUUCUAGUACAAAGUUUUUUUUUGUGCUAUUCCUGUAUUGGCACAAACCGUUCCUGAAACUUAAUUUUCUGACUUAUUGUGAAUCAGGUGUAACAUGGUUUGUCAUUGUUAUUGAGAAUUUGUGUGAUAGAAAUUCAAAACAUAUGAAAACUGUUAUACUAAUGAAAAUGAAAAUGAAAAUUAAUCUCAGAAGGAUGUUUAGAUUGCGUAAGUAAUGUGUGUGUUUCUGAUGUUUUGCCCAAGCGCAUGGUGCCAAUGUGGUUUGUCAAUUUGAAUCCGACUCUUUAUCGCCGCUAUUUUAUGUUUUAAUCCCAAAUUAUUUUAUUUAUCUAUGCCUCUUUACUUUAAUUUUAAAGGGUCUUAAUGUCUUAAGGUUUAUCUAUUAUUUUCUGCUUCCAUAGCUUUUGCUUAUACUGUAGCUGCUGUGAAGCAGAUGACUGCUGUGUACUAGUAUUCCACCGAUCCGCCUUAAGUAUUGAAAAACAUUGUUUUAACCAGAAAUGCUGCGUUGAUGAGGUACCUGUGUAAUUAUGAUAUUUUUAAUACUUAAGUAAUUUAUGUGCUUAGUUACCUUUUAUGUCUUUGUGGCCUGUAAACAAUAAUUUUGAGAAAAAAAUUCCUGGUUAAUGCCUUUGGCCUGUUAGAGAAAAAUUGGUUUGAUGGUGACCUGAUCAGACCUAAGACAGUUGAAAACUCAACACCCACCGAUUUAGUCCUACUGGCCCAGUUACCCAAUAAUCAGCUUCAUUAUUGUAUUUUUUUUUUCUAAUUAAAAAAAUUAUUUUUGAGAUUCACUGUGAGUUAUGUAGUGCUGUGAUAGGAUAAAAAAAUUUUAAUAUAUUCCAUUUUUAAAAUGUUUUAUCAUAGCUAGUUGUAAACAACAAUUAUUCUUUAUUCUACUCUAAAAUAAUGUAAUUUUCUAACCUGCGAAUGCAGGUUAUGCUACAACCUAUUUCUUAAUCACGAUUAUUGCAACUUGUUCUUCUCAUUGAUUGCUCACUGUUGGUUGCAUGUGUUAUAAUUUUUUAUUUGUGCUCUGUUUUGCAAUCAGUGCGUAGUGGUAUUCAGCAGGUAACUACGUAUGUGUUAUGUACCAUAUUUACUCAUCUCUAACCCUUUUGUUUCUCAAGUUUCUCCAAAAUAAAAAUGUUUACAUUAAAAUAUAAGAUGCACUUCAAUAUAAGUAACACUUUAAUUUAUAACUGAUGAACUUUAACCUUGGUGUAUUAGUUCUUCUAAGUAAUUAACUAACUCAGAAGCACCGUUCAGUACAGUUUGUGCACAGGCUGUACUGUAGACAUUGCGAUUAUAUAGCUGCUUCAACCUUAAGUAAGGAGAGGUGGUUUUUUUUUACAUGUAAAGUGCUCUAUGUGUUUCUGAAAUAAAUUGGAGCCUCACUUGCACUGUCGUGCACCUGGGGUCAUCAAUAUUUCAUCUUAAUAUUAACAGUUGACUAUCUGUCCAAAUCUUAUUCAAUGGCUUUUUUUUUCCAAUACUUCCACAGAUUUUGAUGAGUAAUGUAAGUAGUCUCUAAAAGUCAAUAAAUAGGUGUGUCUUAGACUCAAAUAGAGUCAGCGAAUGUAAGACAUCAUCAGUGAGCUCAAAAGGUUACCAGAAAAAGUUGCAUCAUCGAGUCGAUGACUUUGGUAUGAAGGGUUUUUCUUCUUUCUUUUUCAAUCAUUUGAAGAGCUGCAAAUGGGUGCAUGCCUGGCCUAGUUAGUCUGAGCCAGACUUAAAAAAUUGUUAGUACCUUGUGCAGGCAGACUGGGCCUUCACAAGUGUGUCCAACCUGUGUAGGGCUAUUGCCCCCAUCUUGUGUUGUGCACAGUUGCAUUCGCCUUGGUCCACAUCAGCACUGUGAUGCUCUUGUAGAGCAUUUAAGAAAAUUUAAUAUGACUUAUAAUGUACAGGGUCAUAACCGAAGCAGGGUAACAAAUAGGUGUUACCUAAUUUUUUUAACAGUCUGGACUGAAAAUUUAAGUUCUCAAAAUACUUUUUGAAUGUAAUUUUGAUUGACCAUUUUUCCUGCACAUCUGGUCAAGGUUUUGACUGGCAUUGUUUUUUCAAACAGUUUUGGAAUUUUAGCUUAUAUUCACCAUUCCAUUAGACACUAUAGUCUAAUUCAUUGAAGUUUUUUUGCUUACCAAAAAUAAUUGGAAUAAAUUGGUUGGAAGAAUAAUUUACCUUAAACAAAUUUUAUAAUCUGUUGUGUGUGUGUGUGUGUGUGUGUUUUUUUUUUUUAACACUUAUGUUAUUUGUAAUAAAAUUAUAACUUAAUAAAAAAAAUUUAAAACCUUUGGGGGAAAACUAUAGUGUUAAACAUAAAACUACUGUGUAGCAAAUGUUUCUUUAGCUUUCAUUUCAAUAGUUUAUACUGUAUUGCUACACUGAAUGUGGUUAAUUUAUAAAUAAAUGGCAUUCUAAUGAAAUCAGGACAUCGUUAGAUUUUUUGAAUGGUAUUAGGGCACUUAUUUUAUUUAUGAUUUCACCUUCAUGGAUGCCCUGAAGAUGGCUGUCAUAAUCAUGGUGGAGGGUGGUUUUCCUGCAUCAGGUGUGUCUGGCGAGAAGGUACCAACUGCGUGACUCGAAGCAAACUGGGCUUGAUUAACUAGCAAUGUCCAAGUCCCAUGAGCAAGUUUGGACAUAAGAAUAAGGUUUUUCACAAUCAUGCUCAGAGAAUGCCACUCAAAACAUUUUUUUAGAUAAAAUUUUUUAGAUGGUUUUUUAAUAAGGCAAGGUAUUGCCAAGGUCCAAGUGGCCUCAUGUCUAGUAUGUAGAGACAAGAUUCUAUGGUUUUAUUUUUUUUGGCCAAUUUUUUUUUUAAAACCGGAGAUUUUGGGGUUAUUGUUUUAAUAUUUUAUUAAAUCUUUUUGUACAUAAAUAUAGCAUAUUAUUGAACAAAUAUAGGUAAUACAAAUGUUUCAUAAUAUGUGCUUAUUUCACCAGAACAGUGUAAUUUUGACAGAGUGUUUUUUUUUUUCUCAAUCUAGGGCAGAAUUAAUCCUGAUGAUUAAAAAAAAUCGGCAAACAUUUGUGUGUUUGAAAAAUGUAUCAACAUCGCAGUAUAAAAAUGAGUUAGGUGCUAAUGACAAAUGCAAGACCAGUAAAUAUUCUUUUUCAAAUGUAUUUAGUAUACAUACAUUUUGGUACAAAAUUCAUGCAAAAUUAAUUAAAUUCAUUGAAUUUUAAUAUAUUAAAAAUUCAUGUUUUUGUGAUUGGAGUUAGGUUUUAAAUAAAUAUGCUGAUUAAUUUCAUAAUUUAAGUUGCACUGGAGUGCAUUAUGGUGUAUUAACUUGCAUUUCAGUGUUAUAUGGUUUCUUGACAUGCUUUUCGGUGUUAUUUCAGUUUUAUCGCAAUCCGCCACAUAAUCUUGUCCCUACUAAUAUGAAGGUGCCAAUUCUUUUCCUAAUUACAUUUCUGAAUAACUGAUUUCAUUUUAUAUUCGGUGUUGUGUUGGUAUUUGAUCGGCUUAGUGAAAAUAAUUUAUACUCAUGCUUUUUUUUUUUUAAAUAUUAGUUGUGAGUUACACAUUUACUUGCAUAAGCCUUGUCGUCACAUAAUUUCUGGUCGUUUUUUUUAUCAAUGUUGUGUGUGUGUGUUUUUUUUUUUUUCUGUUACAUAAUGCGCUAAACUACACACCAGAUCAUGCAAGCUUGGCCAAACAUGUGAGGGGAAAAAAAACUAUGGCAGGGGGGGGGGGGGGAGGGAGAAGCUGCUGUCGCUGUUUAACACGUCCUUGACCAUGGUGUGACGCAUGGUCGUUUGAACGGUCUGCUAGCUCUACGCUGGGCAGGGAGUGCUGGAAUGUGUUCUGCCAGUUUCUCUCGGAUUCUUAUCGUAGCUGCACCCUCCCCCCACCACACGGGGAUGUCGAUGCGUCGAGCUGCAGGCGUCGCGACAUCGCGGCACUCGUGACGCCGCAAUCCUCCCUUACUGCUGAGCGUGCAUGGGUGCUAGAUUUGUGCGCCAGCCAGUGUUUGCAGCGACGUGCUUCGCAUUGUCGCGCAGAGUAACAUUGUUGGUCGAAUUAGAUUGGUCAGUUAGGUAACAUAAUAAAAUUAUAAAUUCUUUAAAUGAUAUUUCAGCCCUGUGUCGUUUAUUAUUUAGGCAAGAACAAGAAGGUACUCACUUCAAAAGAGUACGUUUACCUUUGCAAUUAUUAACAUGUCUUGUAAGUGUUAAUGUUUAAUGGAACAAAAGGACAUUCCAACUUCAGCUUCGUUUAAAUUAUAGCUGUGCUAUGCAAGUAAAUAUGUACCACAUGACUUUUCUCCUUGAUUUUAGGGUAACUAAAUUCUGUAACAGUAAUCAGAAUUUUUCCUCUGUAGGUAUCACAGUACUAUUGUCAUGAGUGGUACAAAUUGAAUCAAGUUAUUUCAGUUGUCUUUACUGGUAUACCAGGCUGAAAUGGGAAUGCAAAGGAAAAAAAACUAUGCCUGAUUAUCUAGAAAUAGAGAAACUUGAGUUACCAGUGAUAGCUGCGCUCUUUGAAUGCAUCAUCUGGAGAAUGUCUUUAUUCCUACUCUAAACUACGAGUAAAUUUGUUUCAGUCCCACGGGUAUAAACAUUUGCCUAUAGGACUGUAAGCUUAUCCUAUAUUCAUAUCUGUUAAUUGUAUCGGUGGCUAUGAUGUGAAGAGAGAAAGUAGAGGCACUAACUAGGAAUAUGCAGUAACAAUCCUCAUUCUAUAAAUGUACUGUCCAACGAAUAUUAUAGCAGUGGUGUCAUUUUUUUUGUGUCAGACCCUAUGUUUUUUUUUUCACAGCCUUAAGUAUUUUAUGUCAUGCCCAUAUGUAUGAAACAGAGCAUUUUAUAGCAUUUUAAUCAUGAAUGUAAAACAUGAUGAGUUGAAUGGCCAGUGUAAAACUCAUCUGUUUAUUUUUUCCUCAUCAGUUGCAUUAUGAAGUGUGUGUGUAUGCAUAUUUUAAACCUAUGCAUAAAAAAAAACAGUCUUAGCACUGGUAAAAAAACAAAAAAAAACCUGAAUGUGUUAAAUAUGAAUUGUGAUUAUGAUUUUUUAAAAGUAACUGCUAAUUUAUUAAUGUUUGAUAGUGUUUUGUGUUUGUAAAGUUAUUGUGGAUUGCAUAUGCUUCAGUGUUGUCUUUGUUGCAUCUCUAGCAGGUUUCAUGACUUUUGUGUGUCGUGAAUCAUGUAUAUAUUCACCUUUCAUGUAUGGCACACUGCUAGUUGACGUAUACCUGUGAAUUUGGAUUGUGUUUGUAUAAGUAAGUGUGAAUUGCUCAAACAUUUGUGAUUGUGAUUCUUAAAGUAGUAUGUGUUUGGUACCCAUGUUAUUUUACAGUAUGUAGUUUUAACUAAUUGUUUAAAAAGUAUAUGUGACCCCAGUUUGUAUUAGAGUAAAUAUAAAGAUUGUUGGUGGAGACAAUAUAUAGUAAGGCUGUGAACUACGUCUGUGUUUGUUAAUGUUGUUGCACUAACUAUAAGAUUGUUCAUGUAUUGUUAUUGAGCAUUCUUAUCUAAUUCAUUAAAGCUGUUGCAGAAA